CUAAGUGAAUUCCACGGGCGUGGUGUCUGCGCUUUACCUUCAAGUCUGAGAGAGCCUCGGAACAGGAACGACAACGCAUUUGCCCGAUCUACAGCUCGCCUCGGAGCAACAACGCCUAUUCAUAUCCCUCUACUAAUCUAUUCGAAUCGUCCUAAUCAACAUAUGCAACGUCGAUCAACAUGUCGUCCAUGCGAGGCUUGGUUCAGUUCAUUGCCGACCUGCGAAAUGCAAGAGCGCGCGAACUGGAAGAGAAGCGGGUGAACAAGGAACUGGCCAACAUCCGCCAGAAAUUCAAGGGGGGCAGUCUGAACGGGUACCAGAAGAAGAAGUACGUGUGCAAGCUGCUCUACGUGUACAUUCAGGGAUACGAUGUCGAUUUCGGCCACCUCGAGGCCGUCAAUCUGGUCUCCUCCCCCAAAUAUUCCGAAAAGCAGAUCGGGUACCUGGCAGUGACCCUGUUCCUGCAUGAGCAGCACGAGCUGCUCCACCUUGUUGUCAACAGUAUACGGAAGGACCUGCUGGAUCACAAUGAGCUGAACAACUGCUUGGCGCUGCAUGCGGUGGCCAACGUCGGUGGACGGGAGAUGGGCGAGGCGCUCUCGAUGGAUGUCCACCGGCUGCUUAUUUCCCCUACCUCCAAGGCCUUCGUCAAGAAGAAGGCCGCCCUGACCCUCCUUCGGUUGUAUCGCAAAUACCCCGGCAUCGUACAGAACGAAUGGGCGGAACGGAUAAUCUCCCUGAUGGAUGACCCCGAUAUGGGUGUCACGCUAUCGGUCACCUCGCUCGUCAUGGCGUUGGCCCAGGACAAGCCCGACGAGUAUAAAGGGUGCUAUGUGAAGGCCGCACAUCGGCUGAAAAGGGUCGUGGUCGACAACGACAUUGCGCCCGAUUAUCUCUACUACCGGGUGCCGUGUCCCUGGAUCCAGGUGAAGUUGCUGCGUUUGCUGCAGUACUACCCACCUGCAGAGGACAGCCAUGUCCGCGAGAUUAUCCGCGAGUCUCUGCAACAGAUAAUGCACCUGGCCAUGGACACGCCCAAGAAUGUCCAGCAGAACAACGCCCAAAAUGCAGUGCUUUUCGAGGCGAUCAACCUGCUCAUCCACCUCGACACCGAGCACAGCCUCAUGCUGCAAAUAUCCACUCGCCUGGGGAAGUAUAUCCAGUCGCGGGAGACGAACGUCCGCUACCUGGGUCUGGAGGCAAUGACACAUUUCGCGGCGCGGGCUGAGACUCUCGAUCCCAUCAAGAAGCAUCAGAACAUCAUCCUAGGGUCACUUCGAGACCGGGACAUCAGCGUUCGGCGCAAGGGGUUGGACUUGGUUUACAGCAUGUGCGACACGACCAACGCUGGCCCGAUUGUGAACGAGCUGCUCCGCUACCUACAAACGGCCGACUACGCUAUUCGGGAAGAGAUGGUGUUGAAGGUGGCUAUCCUCACCGAAAAAUAUGCGACCGACGCCCAGUGGUACAUUGACAUGACUCUGAAGCUCUUGUCGCUGGCUGGUGAUCAUGUGAACGACGAAGUGUGGCAACGAGUGAUUCAGAUCGUGACCAACAAUGAGGAAUUGCAGGCAUACGCCGCGCACAAUCUCCUCGGUUAUUUGAAGACAGACUGCCACGAGAGCUUGGUGAAGAUUGGAUGCUAUGUUCUGGGCGAGUUUGGACAUCUGAUCGCCGAAAGCCAAGGCUCCAGUCCCAUUGAGCAAUUCCUGGCGCUGCAGGCGAAGAUGAUUACCAGCACGGACAACACCCGGGCGAUGAUCCUGUCGUCCUUCGUCAAAUUUGUCAACCUGUUCCCCGAGAUCAAACCCCAACUCCUGCAUAUAUUCCGUUUGUACAGCCACUCCCCUGAUUCCGAAUUACAGCAGCGUGCUUUUGAAUACCUGUCGCUGGCGACGCUUCCCACCGACGACCUACUCCGGACGGUCUGCGACGAGAUGCCACCCUUCUCGGAACGAGCGUCUAUCUUAUUGUCGCGGCUGCACCAGAGGACCGCCGGCACCACGGAGAAGAAGACGUGGGUGGUGGGCGGCAAGGAUGCGAAUACAGACCAGCAGGAGAUGCUGAUGGCGCAGAACACCGGGCUGAAGCGUAGCUUCACGACAAUUGUCAACGGUACGAAGACCGGGGCAAAUGGAACGGCAGCACCGUCGGGCUCGUCGGGCGACCUGGCGGGUCUGGAUCUUAGCGUGGCCGCCGCACCUGCGCCGAAUAUGGCCAGCGCGGCCCACCUGACUCCUGAUUGGGAUAUCGGUUACAACCGAUUAUACUUUGGUGGUGAAGGCGUGCUGUUCGAAGAUGCGCAGAUCCAGGUCGGACUGCGGUCCGAAUACCGUGGGCACAUGGGCGUCGUCAAGAUCUACAUCUCGAACAAGUCGUCCUACCCGAUCGGGUCCCUCACCACGACGCUGGAUAAUCCCUCGGCUCCGAACUUGAAGAUCGACACGAAGAGUCUGCCGGAGCCGUCUGUGCCUGCCGUAGGCCAGACGCAGCAGACGCUGUUGGUCGAAGCGCACGGGCCGUUCACGGAGGCGCCCACGAUCCGCAUCUCCUAUCUCGCGGGAGCGCUACAGGCGUACACCCUGCAGCUCCCCAUCAGCAUGCACCGGUACAUGGAGCCAUCGUCCCUGUCGGCGGAAGAUUUCUUCAAGCGGUGGCGGCAGAUCGGCGGGGGCCCGCUGGAGUCGCAGAAUACGUUCGGGGCCACGACGCGGGCCAAAGACAUCAGCGAAUCGUUCACGCGGCGGGUGGUGGAAGGAUUUGGCUGGAAGAUCAUGGACGGCGUGGACCCGAAUCCCACGAACAUUGUGGGCUGCGCCGUGUUCCAGUUUACGGGGGGUAAGACGGGCUGUCUCCUGCGACUGGAGCCCAACUAUGACCGACGGAUGUAUCGGAUCACCAUCCGCGCCACCCAGGAAGCGGUACCACUGGCGCUGGCAAAGCAGAUGGAGUCGAGACUGUCGCAGGGCGCGCUGUCGGACAGUGGACGGUGACGGGACGAAAGGAUCAUUGCCUCAUGUACCCCGGCGGAACGCACUGGAUGAUCGUGUUCCGUUCUUCUUACUCCGCUAUCGGCCGGUAGACGGGGGUGUAUUUAUUAUCGGGAUCGACCACGUAUAUACCACGGACAUGCGGUUUAAUAAUGUACAGGC